AUGAAAGUGGACCGCCCAUUACCCCUGCGUAUCCUCACCCAUAACAUCCGCUAUGCCACAUCGGCGCCUUUCAGAGGUGAAAAGCCCUGGAAGGACCGAAAGCAACGGUUGAUAAACGAACUCCAUUAUCAUUCCCGGCACAAUCCCGAGACGUUCAUUUGCUUACAGGAGGUACUUCAUGUCCAGGUAACCGACAUCCUCUCAGGUCUCAACCCCAACGCGAACAAAGACGCCACUGCUGAAUGGGCAUAUAUUGGCGUCGGACGGGACGACGGCAAGCAGGCAGGGGAAUUCUCUCCAAUCUUCUACCGCCCCGCGGUCUGGGAACUCGAAGAGUCCAAAACUGUCUGGCUCUCUGAAACCCCUUCGGUCCCAUCCAGAGGCUGGGACGCUUCUUCCGUCCGAAUUAUCACAAUUGGCGUUUUCAAGCACAUUGUGAGCCGAAAGCGGGUGCUGGGCAUGAAUACGCAUCUUGACGACCAGGGUUCCAAGUCUAGAUACGAAGCGGCGAAACUGAUCCUCGGCCUGAUCAACCAGUUUCUCACCAAGAACCAAUUGGCCGGCCGAAAUAUCAAUGGUGUUUUCCUGGCGGGAGAUUUCAACAGUGAAGAGAACCAGGAAGCUUAUAGCGUGCUCACUGCGGCAGAUUCACAACUUGUGGAUGCCCAAAAGCAGGUCGAUGCUGCGUUUCGAUAUGGCAGCGAAAAUACCUAUACUGGCUUUGGCUACGAGGAUGAAGGGCCAAAGAGAAUCGAUUACGUUCUUUUCGGCCCACAGCGCGGAGCUAACAUGUCCUGGAUUGUUGACGGCUAUGCUGUGUUGCCUAACAAAUUUGAUGAUGGGGUGCUCAAUUCGGAUCAUCGCGCAGUUGUUGCGGAUGCUAAAUUAUUCUAA